CAAAUUGUGGUUUUGGCAUGUAAAACACCAGAAUUCAAGCCUGUGUCAUAAGCUUCCCUGUAUUUGUUUUCUUGAGAGCACCAAACAGCUAUAGCUCAGAAACGCGUAAUCUUAAACUAUCAGUGCCAUGAAGGUUUAAAUCAGAAGAUCACUUUUUAUUAUUUCACAAAAUGCUUUACAGAAAGAGGUUCACAGAAGGAGGUCCCAUAGUAAAAACUGAAUUAGGACCUCCUGUUCAUGCAUGGUUAACAUAAAAGUUACAAUGGCAAGGACAGCCGUUGAAUCAGUAUAAUUGCAAAAAUAAUAAUUACUGAGAUACAGCUAGAUGUAAGUAAAUCAAGAUAUUAAUAGACAACAAUGUAUUGGCAGUAAGUAAUAUAGUGAAACAAGGUAAAACUAACCUAGAAGAGGAGGAAGAAGGGGGAAAAGAGCAAAAGGAAAGAAAUAACGUAAGCAACACGUUGAAGUACGUAAGAACAGCAGUCCUUAAACGAAAGUCGGGUUGUACAGUACACUGUCUCUCAUACAUAUCACAACAAAAAAAAAUUUUCCAAUUCAUGACAAAAUCUAUGGGCUUUCUGGAGUUUUAUGACAAAUGGUAAUGUAGAAGAGUUGUGAUCUGGGUCAGUUAGAACAUAUUCUUGAGAUUUAAACAAGUCAAAUGCUAAUGUAUUCCAUGAUGAUAUGGCUGCAAAGUGAACGGUGUGUUUGCCAUAAUUAGUGCGUAUUUUGGCUGGAAUGAAGUUAUUAUGCAGCGUGAAACGUGUUGGGUUAGUAUUCGUUAAAGAUGAUAUAGGAAUUAGCCACAAUAAGAUUUUGUCAUUUAUUAGUUUUAAAAGAAAAGUGACAAGGUUGUACUUGACAAGGGCGGCAACGUCCAGAAUGUUGUUUGUAGUAACUGUUUAGCAUUGGGGGCGGUAUGUCGACUCGACGUGAUUAUGCUAAUUGCCUCGUUUCGGAUAGUUUGUAGUGGUUUGAGGUGAAAAAAAAAAUUAUGGGGUUUUACGUGCCAAAACCACUUUCUGAUUAUGAGGCACGCCGUAGUGGAGGACUCCGGAAAUUUCGACCACCUGGGGUUCUUUAACGUGCACCUAAAUCUAAGUACACGGGGGUUUUCGCAUUUCGCGCCCAUCGAAAUGCGGCCGCCGUGGCCGGGAUUCGAUCCCGCGACCUCGUGCUCAGCAGCCUAACACCAUAGCCACUGAGCAACCACGGCGGGUAAAGUUUGAGGUGAGUAGUGUACGUGUUACCCCAGGAUGCUAUGCAGUACUUGACGUGAGAGUGUAUAAACGCGAAAUAGAGCUAAAGCAACACCAGUCGUAAAUAGGAUGGACGUGCCCUUAUGAGAAUGAGUAUCCCAUGUGAUAACAUCUUUUUGAUGUGAGUUAUAUGGCGUUGAAAUUUUUGGUUACCGUCAAUAAUAACAUCCAAGUAUGUGCAUUCUUCAUUUGCUGAUAAUAAAUGGUUUCCCAUGGAAAUGGGUGGGGUGCAUAGUGCUGAUUUAUUUUGGGAUGAGAAUAAAAGAAAUAUAGUUUUAGUGGGAUUAAGGGUAAGUCGAUUCAUUCUGCACCAUUCUAACAAGUUAUGAAGAUCCUGGUUACUACCAUUGACAGACAUUCACCAGAAUUAUUAAUUGCUGUGCUAUCAACAUACAGUAUACACUUAGAAGAUGUGAGGUAGUUAGAUAGAUCAGUAAUAUAAAGGAAAAAGAGUAACGAAUCGAGAAUGGAGCCCAGAAUGGUUUAAAAUAAACAUCUGAAACACUAACAACCUGAUAUUUGUCUCGUUGGUAGUUGCGUAAUAGUACUAAAGGAGGACCUGUUAUACCUAUUGAUGCUUGUUUAACAUUGAGAAUCUCGUGGUCAAUGCUAUAAAAUUCUUUUGAAAUGUCUACAAAUAAGGAUCCUGCGAAUUUACUGUCAUCGAUGGCUUUCUUUAAUUGGUCAGUAAGAGAUACAAGUGCUAGGUAACCGGAUCGAAAUCCAAAUUGGUCAGGUGAAAGAAUAUUAAAUUUGUUUAAGUAUUUAUAUUUUUAUGAUUUUUUAGUAUUUUAUCAAUUGUUUUUCGAUUAUUUUCUUGAUUACCUUGCUACAGAAGGGUAAAACACAGAUUGGUCUAUAAUUAGACAUUAAUGAGCAAUCGCCUUUCUUAAAAACUGGAAUAACCCUGCCGCGUUUAAGCUCGCUAGGAAAGGUGACUGUUUUAAACGUGAGCUUGAUCAUUUAAGACAGAACAAAUGAUUCAGAAAUUAAUUUAACAUGACCAGGACGAAUGCUCACAAGCCCAGCGCUAGCUAUAUUGAAAUUGUUAAUUAAUGGUACCACCAUCAGGAGUGGUUGCAAACAUAUAAAAUGACUGUGGAAGGUGCUUUGGUGCAUAUAAGUUCUGUUCUGCUUGAGUGGAGAUAUUAGGAAAGAAAAGAUCGCUGAAAGCAUCCACAAUCAUAUGGCUCUAAAUAAUAUUACCAUCGUGGGAUAUUUUGGCUAUGUUAUCAGCUCAUUGUUUCCUAUCCAAAACUGAAUUCACUAUUUGCCAUAUUUUUCUUUACAUCAGAACCACAUUUAAGUAUUUUUAUUCGUAAUAUUUGAUUUUAGCUUUAUGUGAGUUGCAAGAUUUCUUGUACCGCGCACGUGGGUUUAUAUUGAAUGGUUGUUGUUCUUUUUUUUUUUAUAAAGGUUUCCUCGUGUGCGCAUGGCUUUUAGCAAACUAUCGGUGACCCAUGGGUUUUUAGGUGACGCCACUUUCUUUUUGCAUUUGCGCAUCUCAGAGUAGGAACGAUAGUGUGAUAACAACUUCGUUAGAAAUAGCGAGAAGGCUACCUGCAAAUCAUUGUUGUCAAGAACGAAAGACCAGUCAGUAUGGGAUACAGCUUCUGAGAAUACUUUUUUUCUCGAAAACAAGUUUGGUGUAAGAGUUGGAAUAAAAAUAGCGUGCAGAUGUGGUGCGCAGAAAGACGGAGAUAUGGUGAGUAUUGUCAGUUUCAAGUACUCCUGCAUCAGGUGGAUUCAGAAGAUUAGACAAUGCAUGAUCGUUUAGAGUGCUAGAACCCGAAGGACUGAACGAGUAGGGAUAAGACUUUCGUAAGCAAAACCAUGAAAACAAGACGAAUAACUGACGGAGCACGUGGAUGACUCCAUUAAGUUCAUACUCAUCUCAUAAUUAUGACAUUUUUGUUCUCCGUGGAUAACUUUGACAUUGCUUUUUCGCGAGAAAUACAAAAAUCUGGAGCUGAGGAAGAAGGUGAACGGUAAACGCAACUAAAGAUGAAAUUUCUAUUAUCGGUGUUGAGAAAAUUAGGAUCGAAUUCCAACCAAACUGAUUCGCAGUUUUGGAUAUUUAACGUGAGGGCGAGUCUCCGUUUCUACGGGAUUCCGUAAUACACUUAAGGUUAGUGUCCAAAUAAACCAUUAUACAGAAGCUUUGUCCAGCGGAUGGUGCCCGGAAGGAUGAUUCGCUUGAAGAUUAAUUCAGUUGCCGCCGAUAUAUGGCUGGCCAUUUACUUUUCGUUCGCUGCGAGGCACACCCCCCUACUGAAGGACGUUACCCGACGGUGGCGCCCGUCUUUCACCGUUGUCCGUCGAGCUUCCCCCCGGAGGUGCGAAAAACAAGCGCGCACCCGGUAGUCACUUUCUUGGUAGCCAGCACACCUUCUUCGCUCGCGUGAGCCGCCGUGAUUGAAAAGAGGAAGAAGGGAGCACGCUCGUCGGGGGUACGCGGCCACCUAGCACGUCGGCUUGUUUUCCCCCGCCGCUAUCUCCCUCGUCAUCGUUGUGCGCAAGCGCGUGCGGAGAGGAACGAGUCUGCCGCCGCGCGGUGGACGAGCGGUCCAAACAGGUUGCACUGCAGAAGGCUGACCACGGGGCGCCGUCUUCCGCCCCACGCAGUGGUGACGGAGCGGUCGACAAGUGGCGAAAAGUCGGCGGCGGUACCGCCAGGUGGCGGCGAUGAGCGGCACGACCAGGCUGCUCGCACUGUGCCUCCUGUCGAGCGCCGUGCGCGGCGCGCCCAAGCCGCAGCAGACAGCUCUGGAAGGCCUGGUCGCUGCACGGGACGUCCUGUCCACCCUCGAGACGACGACGCUGCAGAAUGUGGGACUCCAAGACCGCGCAUUCCGUGUCGGCCUCGGCGCGUUCAGUGGCGAAGCCACUCUCUCCAACGGCACUCUGCGCAGUGUCUCCGGUGUGCGGGCCGUCAACCUGACGCCAGCCGAUGGUGCCGAGCCUUCGGUCAUCCGUGCCGACUUGCCCCUGAGCAAGAUGGCCAUUCACUACAACGCCAACGUUACGUUCAACUCGCGCAGCGAACUGGCCGGAAUGGACGUCGAGGUCGACUCCCUCGAGCUCGUCGUGGAGCUGAGCCACGAGGGCAAGGGCCAGCUGGAGCUGCAGUCCGUCGAGGCCCGCGACAUGGCCGAGAUGCGUGUGCGGUUCAGCGGACUCCGCGUGUUCCAGGCACAGAGCGACCUGCUUUCGUUGCUCUUCCGCGGUGCGUUUCGCUUCGACAUCGAGGACGAGGUGGUGGCCAUCUUCGAGGACAUUUUGCGCGAGCUCGUCGACACCCAUAACGUCAACAACCUGUGAUACACGUACAUUGCUGCUCUUGGCGAAGGUCAGUUGGGCGGUGAAACCUUCUUCCCAGACAAUGUCGCGUUCCUACCGCAAUGCUGGUCAUGUGCUGAUUGCAGCUUCGGUCAUAAUCGCAACUAUUAAGGCGAUUCUCAUUGGUCUCUUUCAUGCGAGACGCCCCGUUCAUAAAAGCGGAUAUACCUGGCUAAUCAAUGUUGUUUACCUUCACUUCAUAUUUCGCAUAUUCUAAUGAGCAUACUAUCAGGCAGUUUAUGCCUGAUAAUAUGCUGCUAGUGUGAAACUUGUUCUUUGGUUAACAAACGUGACUUCGUACCUGUCGUAUACCUAGUGCAAUCCUUCGCACUUUUGCGUCCUGAAAAGAAGCGUCUGUGCGUGUGGUACAAGGCGUACUGUAAGACAGUGGGCUCGCUUUCUUCGCUGUUCUCUCAUACAGAUGCACCCAGCGCACUUUUGGGUCCGCACAGGAUCAGUCGCUGUCGUACAGCUGUGAUUUACGACUUGUUAGUCGUAAAUUGCCCCCGUUCCCACUACAUGAGCUUACUUUCACGUGUCUGUGCAGCUAUCAAUAAGUCUUCUGUUGCAACAUUUUCAGUCUGACUUUGAGUUAGCAUGUCAGCGCGCUACUGUUAAAGCGGUGAUUGCCACAAGGUUAGAGCAUUUGUAAAAGGAAUGAUUUCGUGCAAACUUUUUUCUUCUGUCUGCGUAAGCUUACCGGCGUUUAACCUGCCCAAACCAAGACUUUGCCAGUCCGUCUUCUUGCAGUUCGCGUGGCCUUACAGGAAUGAGUUAAUUCGCACCUAGAGUAUCGGGCAGUAAAAAAUUUGGGUAGUUUCUCCCGAUGGAUAAAGCAUUAAAAGCGGUCGCAACGGUUAGCGUUGCACUGAAGCUCAACAGAAUGUGUCCACGGGGCGACAUGGCUUCUGCGCUGCAGAAACAGCGCCCUUGCAGCUGUCAGGCGUCUCAUUACGUUGGCGCGAAAAAUUGAGACGAGGACUAAGAGACGUGGGCGGUUUUGUAAAACGCAAUCUUCAUAUGGCGCCAGCAAACCAUUGAAGGUAAAAUAACUUAGCCACCAUUUUAUAGUAUAAAGUAAUGCCCGUGCCCUGGUUAUCCCUGGCAGAAUUUAUUUAGCCCUGACUCAAUAACGAAACUACUAGUUCACUCUAACGUAACAUUCAGUGGCAUUGCUCGUGCAUCCGUCGCUGGUACAAGACGGAUGUCGUCGCAUGUCCAACAUGCGAUGUCACUGCCCGGCUCACAUGAGUGAGAGAUUUACUAGUGUGCUAGCUAUUUCUUCGUUCGUUACCCUUUCCUUUCUGCGAGAACCCGUGUAAUAUUAUGUUAUGCCCAUUCAAGAAGCUGUUAUGAACAAUUUGUUACUGUUACGUGGCAGAAAUGUUUUUUAACGAGCGCUUCUAGUCGCUCAUUUCGUUCGGUACCUUGCGAAUCUUUCGCACGCAACCAAUAUAAGCUCAUGUUGUUGUUGACAAUGCAGCACGAUUAUUCAUACGAAAGGUGUAUUUCUAUUGGAAUAUAAAGCAGCCUCCAGAAAACUAUAAUCUGUGGUAAUACUGAAGCCUUUAUCUUGAGAACGAUAUGUACAGUUUGUUUCAUAUUACAAAGGAAUUCAAAACAGUGACCUAAAAAAUGUGUUUAGAAGUAUUUUGGAUUGAAAAGUUUCAAAAAGCGAAAUUCGUCAGUGCAGCUUUUGCUUUUUCGUUCAUACUCUGCCAUAUACCUGCCCUGAGUAGACAGGUAUUUAAUCUAUUUAUCGCGUACCACUAGUUGUUUAUUAGUAUGAAUGCAGAGAUCUCAACAUUACAAAUAUAGCGACGUUGUUCAUUCACAAUUCCGUCGCUUGCAAACAUCGCAGCAUUAGCGCUGGAUGCAAAUUUGUUUCUUGUCUAAAUGAACAUUACCUCUUCAAGCCAUUCUUUCCUCGUGCACUUUAUCCCGUUGUUUUUCCAGCUGCGCAACCUAAGCACCGAAUGCGGUUCCUGUACGCGGAAAAUGUAUAUGUAGACUGUGACUGCAGCUGAACAAAGCACAAGGCUUUGGCGUCGGCGGGACGGUCUUCGCAUGUCUGAAAAAACGUCCCCAGUGGCAGCGAUGCGCGAGGUGGUAGCUGGCUAAGACGUUGCGCAUGUCACCAAGUGCUACGCAGUAGAGCAAGGCGCUUUUUGCCAAGCUUCUUUUGAAGCCACUGGCAACAAUGAUGUCACGCGUUGAGUCUGUUUUUUUUUUUUUUUUUCUGUAUGUGUGCGUGGUCGCGAAAGUGCCGAAUCAACUUUUAGUGAUAGAAUUUUUUUUAAGUGUGUGCAUGGUGAUUGGGUGUUUAUUUAUCAAAUGUUAAUAUAAGGUACGCAUACGCUGUUUCUACCCCAUAUCUCCACACAUUUUUUUUAUUGCAUAUAUCAAGCGUAUCAAAUAAAGACUGCCCUGUGAUAUUUA